UCACAAAACAUGCCGAAUAAUUCUUUAUUAAUAAUUAAUUGCGUAUCCUAAUGUACCAAUCACAACCACACGAUCUCCCUUACCUCUAUCCAAAUCCUAAUCCCUGCUGAUUCCUCCUCUCCCGUCCGAAUUUUCUUAAUUUUAAAAUUCGUUAUAUUUUUCCUGAAAAAAAAAAAGAAUCCGAAGAACGGAAAAACAAAGAGAAAAGCACUCGAGGAGAGAGAGAGAGAGAGUGAAGUGAGAGGAGGGAAGACGAUGUGGUGGUGAUGGCGGCGGCAGCAGCAGCAGCGCCGGCGGAGUCGGGCGGCGGCCCGCCGGACUUCGGUCUGCCGGAGGAGGUGCUGGCGGUGCUGCCGUCGGACCCGUUCGAGCAGCUGGACGUGGCGCGGAAGAUCACGUCCAUCGCGCUGGCCGGCCGCGUCUCGCGGCUGGAGUCGGAGGCCGCCCGCCUCCGGCAGCGCCUCGCCGAGAAGGACGACCUCGUCGCCGACCUCCGCGCCCAGCUCGAGACCCUCGACGCCUCCCUUGCCGACCUCUCCCACCAGCUCGACCAAGCCCAAGAAGAGAAGGAGACCCUGUUGAGCGAGAAUGCUUCACUUUCCAACACCGUCAAGAAGCUCAACCGAGACAUCUCCAAGCUGGAAGGUUUUAAAAAGACACUCAUGCAAUCACUUAAGGAAGAGGAAGAAAACCCUCAAGUAGGAGCUCCCAGGGUAAAGGUGUCUGACACCGCUAGUUUCUCAACCGUAUCAUCGGCUGGAGAAUCUGAUGCUGGACUUCCCACCUCUAGAACGUCUUCUACUCCGAAUCAGUUGUCAGAAUCUGGAAGCCCAACUUCAGAGGAUAGUGUUGCUUAUGUUGAAACAGAUGGCUCCAAACAAAGCAGAGCCCAUGUUCUUUCAACAUCACUUGGUGGCACACCAAGGCUUACUCCUCCAGACUCCCCCCCAAGACGGCAUUCUAUCUCAUUCGCAACCACAAGGAACAUGUUUGACGAAAGGUCAUCCAUAUUUUCAUCCUUGCCAACAAGUCAUCACAGCUCGAUGACCUCUCCUUUUGACAUGGGAAGCCAAACAGGACGAACACGGGUUGAUGGGAAAGAGUUCUUUCGCCAAGUCCGGAGCCGGUUGUCGUAUGAGCACUUCAGUGCUUUUCUCUCCAAUGUCAAAGAAUUGAAUGCACAUAAACAAACCAGAGAGGAAACGCUACGAAAAGCCGAGGAGAUAUUUGGCCCUGACAACAAAGACCUCUAUACCAUAUUUGAGGGUUUGAUAACUCGGAAUCUCCAUUGAUCUCGAAGACGAUGUACUGUAAAUUUCCUUCCUGAUGAAACGGCUAGAUAAGUUUUAUUUAUAGUGUAUUUAAUUUCUUUCAUGGUUUGUAAAGUCAAUCGACAUCAGAUGUUUUUGUUUUAUCACAGUACUUAAAUACUUGUCGCUUAACUGUUAUUAUUAUAUUGUCUUAUCAUGUUAUUAGGCCAUGUUUGUAGAUUCAUGAAACUAAUUAGUCCAUUAUAUGAUUCUUCUGAGGGGCAUUUAAUAAAGGUUGGAAGCAAUUCUUAUAGA